UUUGUAUAGUUCCUUCCACAGCCAUAGGGCAUUCCAAAAUGCUUUUAGCUGAAGAAGUAUUUUUGUAGAAUCAGUAUCAUAAGAAUUUUUUCACAGGCUCUGGGGGUAGGAAGAAUUCCACAGAUCAUAUCGAACUGCGAGGGGCAACUCCACCAGCAGGGCUAUCCUUUUUUUCCUCUCCGGGGACAGAUUGUGCGCCCAUUCACUAGACAUGUCACCCAUCAAUCAUUGCUGUUUACUGCUGGCUUUCCCGGAUGUCCACCAGCGCUGCUCGGCGCCGAGUCCAUGUUGUGAAACUGUUCUGCAGAGCUCGCCCCGUUAGUCCUGACCAGUUAUGCACCAUGCCUAUAGUAGACAAGUUGAAAGAAGCCCUGAAGCCUGGACGGAAAGAUUCUACUGAUGAAGGUGACCUUAACAAACUGCUAACAGCUUCAGCAAAGAAGGUUCUUCUUGAGAAAAUUGAAUUCGAGCCUGCCAGCAAGAGCUUUUCCUGUCAGCUAGAAACACUGAAGAGCAAAUAUGUCAUUUUGAAUCCUAAAACUGAAGGUGCAGUCAGCCAGAAAAAUACUUGUUCCACCCCAACAAAAAAACAAGUCUGUGAAACCAGUGGCACUUCAAAUGAUGGGAUCCCAGCCCCUCAGAAAGUACUGUUUCCAAUGGAAAAGUUGUCCAUGAAAUGGGUCCGUGUGUGCAGAGUUGGUGCAGGACUCCACAACCUCGGAAAUACAUGUUUCUUGAACUCCACUGUACAGUGCUUGACUUAUACACCCCCACUGGCCAAUUACCUCCUUUCAAAAGAGCACAGCAAGACAUGUCCCCAGAUUGGAUUUUGUAUGAUCUGCAUCAUGCAGAACCAUUUGAUACAGGCCUUUGCUAACAGUGGAAAUGCUAUCAAACCAUUAUCAUUCAUUCGUGAGCUAAAAAAAAUAGCUAGACAUUUUCGCUUUGGGAAUCAAGAGGACGCACAUGAGUUUCUGAGAUACACAAUUGAUGCAAUGCAGAAGGCCUGUCUGAGUGGUUGCACCAAGUUAGACCGACAAACGCAAGCUACUUCAUUGGUGCAUCAAAUUUUUGGAGGAUAUCUUAGAUCUAGGGUUAAAUGUUCUGUGUGCAAGAGUGUAUCGGAUACGUACGAUCCUUAUUUGGAUAUUGCUCUUGAAAUAAGGCAGGCACCCAAUAUUAUCAGAGCCCUCGAACUCUUUGUGAAGCCUGAUUUUCUCAGUGGCGAGAAUGCUUAUAUGUGUGCAAAGUGCAAGAAGAAGGUUCCAGCUACCAAACGCUUUUCCAUUCACAGAGCUUCAAAUGUGUUGACCCUUUCCCUGAAACGAUUUGCAAACUUCAGUGGUGGUAAAAUCACAAAGGAUGUUGGUUAUCCUGAACAUUUGAAUAUGCGUCCAUAUAUGUCCCAAAGUAAUGGUGAGCCAGUCAAUUAUGGAUUGUAUGCAGUGUUGGUGCAUUCUGGAUAUAGUUGUCAUGCAGGACACUACUACUGUUAUGUCAAGGCCAGUAAUGGGCAAUGGUAUCAGAUGAAUGACUCAAUGGUUCAUUCUAGCAAUAUCAAGGUGGUGCUGAAUCAACAGGCUUACGUACUUUUCUACUUGAGAAUGCCAAACUCUAAGAGCAGCGUAGAUGAUGCACCUAAGCAGAACCUGAUACAGACCCUUGCCAAAACCAGCAAUGGCACAACCAUGCCCAAGAAGCCUGCACUGAAUGGAUAUUUGAGUUCACCUCAGAUGACAAAGAAACCGGAGUCUCUGCAAGUAAAGUUGCAAGCUUCUGCAAGUGUUGGUGUGCCAGUCCCAAGAAACAGCACUAACCAGUCCCCCAAGCUUCCAGUGAAACCAACAUGUGCGCCAACCUUCAUAGAUGAGUCAUUGAAGAAGAUUAAGAAAUCUUUACCUCAGCUGCAACCAAAAUCUUCUCAGGGCCAGUCAGCAAGUAGUUCAAGUAGUGGCAGAACAUCAGUAUCAGAAAAUGCAAAGGUGACUGCACCAGAAAGCAAGGAAUUACCUACAUCUACCUCAUUCAAGUCAUUGUUAACUGGUGGAUCUGAGCAGAAAGGAAAAGAAGACGUCCAUAACCUGCAGAAAGAUUUUGGCAGUGCGAAACACAGUUUGAAUGGGAGCAGUGUUGCAAAAAAUGGAUUGAAUAACCAACACUCUGAGCCCGAAGAGUCGGAUUCAGAAUCUCAAACACACAGCUCAGCCAAUGAGAGGACUGAGAGUAGUGCUGAGGAUCAGGGAGUGUCCAAAGUAAAGCCCCAGCUGCUUGCAGAAGAGCAGUCCAGCACAAUGUCACCACCUCCAGCUAAGAGGCUUGCACUGUCAGCCAAAAAGGCCACCUACAGCUGGAAGGUGACAGAAAAUGAACCAUAUUCUCCAUCACUAUCAUCAGCCCACAAAGCAAAAUUAAUGAAAAAAGGCCACAUCUUUUCUUCUGCAGUCAAAACUAGGACUUUCCCAUCUAUUCCAAAAGUGCAGAUUUCCCAACAAACAGGAUUUAGUUCUCCAUCUAAAAUCUCCAAGAAGUCAUGUAGUUCUAGUUUCUCUCAGUCGCAGCGAAGAUCAUUGGAAACCAUGGAAGCAGCUUGGCAGCCCUCUGCUCUAGUAAAUGACAGUGCUACCUCAUUGAAAAACCAUUCUUUAUCUGGUCAAGGUAUUAGUAAAAUGUGUACUUCCAAGACUGAGCUAACCGAUAAGACACACACACACUGCAUUGACAGCUGUAUGGAAUCAGGGGACAGCAGUGAGAAACCUAAGAAGAAGCGUAAACAUUUAAAAAGAGUUGCAGUUUCUUUUGAUUCUGAAUCAUUCAACCAGACAACAUGUGAUGAUGCUGCCAAGACUGAUGGUAAAAUUAAGAGAAAGAAGAAGCGACGUGAAACAGCGGAGAAUAAUGGUGUUUGUGACUGGCUUCAGGAGGAAUCUGUCAAGAGCAAUGUUUCAUCAGGAGAGUUGAUCCCAAAAAAAGUGAAGAAGAAAAGGAAGAAGCAUAAAAAAUACAGAGAGGCGUUUGAAGGAAAUGACCCUACUGAGUCUGCUGUGGAAAAUUGUUCAGGAUGGAAUGAACUGGAGGGUGAAGAACUGGAAAGGCCUAAAGGAUCAGAACUGCAAAGGAAAAAUCACAAGACAAAAGCGAACCAAAAAAGCGAGAAAAAACACAGGAAACGAAAGAGAAGCAUGAGUUCAGAUGAUUGUGCAAAUUCAGACCCUCCAGUGAAUCAGUCUGCCAGAAACAAGAAUCAGCAAGCCCCUGUGUUUAUAUGGGACAGCCAGAUAACGGACGGUUAUAAACGCUCUGAAAAGCAUUCCGGUGAGGAAGGACCUGCAUCUGCUGUCGCACCCAUUGCAAGCUUAGCCUGGGAUGGGAAGAAGCAAUCCACUAUUGUUCAAGAGCUCUUGAAACACUCAAGCAACAAGGCGUACGGAACUGAAGUGCUGACUUGGGAUGGAGCAGUGUCGGCUGUCAGCCAAGAUGCCGAAUGUGACACAAAACAGGCAGAAUAUUCAGUUGUUAUUGAUGACUGGGAUGAAGAAUUUGACAAGGGGAAGAUUAAAAAAUUGAAGGGAUUUAAAAGAGAGAGAAAAAGAAACUUUAAUGCUUUCCAGAAAAUGCAAAACAGAAGGAAUUUUUGGUCUACUACUCAUUCAGCAAAGUUUUCCAGGUUUUAAAAGGAAAACAGGGUUCAGUUAGUUGAAGAUGUCCACAGGAAGAAGCGCUGAGAGCUCCUAAGCAAUGCAGACCUACGUUCAGUGUCUUUGUUAUUGGUUUGAACAAUAAGACUGACGCUGAAGCAGUUUGUGGUGGCCAGAAACCCAUACUAAGAUUCCGGAGGAGAGAUUCAACAAUCGUAACAGACCUCUAACAUGAGACUAAACAAGCCAUGAACUGAGGACCUGCAAUCGAGUAUGGAUUACAUUUCUACAAUUCUUACAACUCAUUGCAUCCAAAGCAAAAAAUUGAUUCAGAAGUCCAUAGAAAUGCAGUAUGUUAGAUUGUUUUAGGUUUUUGCGACAAAAUGCAAAAUUGCAUUGUCAAUAUAAAAAUUUUCUCUUGCCCAUGGAGGAAUGAAAAUGGAAGUCCUAAAUUGCACGGUAGCAGCUAGUCAUGAUAUUCAGUAGCAUUACUUCAUGUUGUGUGCAUUUUGACCAACUUGUCAUGGGAAAAUAUCCCAUUUUAUUAUAAAUAUACACAUUCAGAUUCAACUGAUACUUAAACGUAAGUAACAAGCUAAAUCCCUGCUUUUUGGAAGUUCUGCACUGUUAUCAGCUUCUGUUAACUGACUAUUUUAUAACUGUGCUUAGUCGAAUAUAUAGUUUUGUGUAUUAUGUAAGAUUCAAGCAUUCGUUCGUUCAGCCCAUUGUUAAUACGGAGUUCUGUUGAGGUUUACCACCUCCAUUUAGGUAAAUAUAUUUCCUCUCUGGCUGCUUUUUUUCCUUAUGUUUCCUCGCAUCGCUUUUGCUAAAUAGUUGCAGUAAAAAAUAGAAUUUCUCUCUGUUUUCCUCCGUUGGAAUAGUUGAUUUUUGCAUUGCAUGCCAUUUUUAAGCAUGAUGUGGAGAUGCCAGUGUAGGACUGAGGUGGACAAGGUCAGAAAUCACACGACACUGGGUUAUAGUCCAAUAGGUUUAACUGAAAACACAGCUUUCGGAGUCCACUAAUACCUGAGGAAGGAGUAAGGCUCCGAAAGCUUGUGUUUUCAAAUAAACCUUUUGGACUAUAAGCUGGUGUCGUGUGAUUUCUGACAUCUUUAAGCAAUUCAAGAUGAUUAACCUGCUCUGUCCCCCUCUCCAGAAGGUGUUCCAGUUCACAGUUUAGCUUCUUGUUAGAUUAAUUUGCAGUCUCACUUUAUUUAACAUAAUAUAUCAGGUAUUGAAUCUGCUCGACAGUUCGUAAAAUAAGUGCCUAUAAUAUGGAUAUCAUUCAGUUGAGCUUUUGAGAACAGAAAGGAGCUGCCUAUGAAUUAACAUGCAGCGUUCUGAGUUUGUCAAAAUGACACUUGAAUAAAAGCUCAGCAUUAAUUUCCAUUUGCACAAUAUUAGGAAAGAAAUAAUCUGUUAGGCACCAAAACAAAUUGUUUUCUGUGUUUCCAGGAAACGUGUUAAAAUAAGGUUCUGAAUGUUAAGAUUAGCUGCUUAGAAAAUCCAGUGUUAUAAUAAUGCUGUUGGGGGUAAUUGACACCUCUAAACAUUUACUUCCCAACCUGUGUAUUAAGAUAGUUCCAAUUCCAUUCAAUCUUAUCUACAAUGUGUAUAUUCAUUACUAAAGGUACUUGAUACUUUUCCCAGCAGAGUACUCUUAAAAUGAAACUGCAGAAUUGGUACUCUGAGUAGAAACAAGACACUGGGGACAGUCAGUACAUAUUAAAAUGUGACUGUAUACAUUGAUCAGUGAUUUACUGAGAACGUACGGAACUUGUUGCUUUACUAGGCUUCAAUUUAGGCUCCACCUUCCCUUUGUUUGCUUCAAAACUUCAGCUCUUUAAACCAAGACUCAUUACCUUUCAUUGAAUAACAAUUCCUGUAAAAUGCCAUGUUUAGGUGCUUUAGGAUAUUAGAAGAAAGAAAUUAUUAUAAUAAUGAUGUGAAAUAUGUUAAUAUCAAAAAAGGUGUAGUUAAAAUCAAAAAUAAACUUUCCUGUGGAAAAGUGUAUUUUCUAAUGUUUAACUUAUCAAGAGUUUUUGUUUGUAAAAAAAAAAAAAAAAUGUAUUUUAAGAAGUUACAGAUUUAAGUACCACCCAAGUUCAUAUUUGUUUAAACUGUAUUGAGAGGAUUUAAAUGUGUUUUUGGAAUUCUGAACAACAAGUAAAGGUAAUCUACUAGUGUUAAUAUUUGAGCAACCUGUUUGAACUUGGUUCAAUGGAAUGUUAUUUAGGUUUCCAGUAUCAACUGAAAUGACUUGUUAAAAUCAGAUUUAUGCAGUUAAUUGGUUAGUUUUUUUUUUGUAAAGAAGACAUUUAAGGCUACAAAGCUAUCACAACUUUACUGACAUCAGGCUGAACUCGGUUACAAUUCUGAGGCAUAUCAUUUGGGGGAAAAAGCAAUGUCUGCUAACUGUUGAAUGUAUUUUGCUUUCUUUGAUUCUGUAACAUAAUUUUGUAUUAAUUCGCAUAGCACUCUGGUAGAAUUACGCGUCCAUUGAGCUAAAAUUACAAGAGAGACAUUUCAUGGUUAAAUAAGAUAAACAUAUUUUGCUUCAAAUAAACUUCGAUUAGGAGUCCAA